AUGUCUCGUUAUAGUGCGCGCAUGCCUUCCGCUUUUGAUCCCGACAAGUACUUUGACAAAUUUAUCGCAGUGGGCAUUGACUUUGGGACAACAUACACAGGUGUUUCCUGGGCCCGGUCAACUGACCCCAAAGACAUAAAUCCUAUCACAGGCUGGCCCUCCGAGGAUCACCGCAACAGGAACGAGAUACAAGUGCCUACUCUGUAUGAUGUCAAGUCAGAGAAAUGGGGUUAUCAAAUCACACCUGACAUGAACCCCAUGAAGUGGUUUAAACUUUUACUAUUGAACAAAGAGGAUAUAACCAAGGAAGCAGGGGGCGAUUCUGUACAGCUUCGACAGACCAUUGAUAUCUUGGAAACAUGUGGUGAUAACAUCACUCCGGUUCAAGCAGUUGGUCUCUACCUCAAGAAGGUUUGGAAUCACACCUAUGCCUCCCUCAGCUCAAUGAUAGACAUCGACAAUCUGCCUCUCCGUGUUGCCAUCACAGUUCCUGCCAUAUGGCCUGAUUAUGCCAAGAAUUCAAUGAGGGAGGCUGCCAAGAUUGCUGGUAUCACAAAGCACAGAGCAAUCGGAGAAACUACGUUGAUGACAGUUGAGGAGCCAGAAGCAGCAGCUCUGGCUAGUUUGUUCCAACGCAACUCCUUCCUUGACAUCAAAAAAGACGAAUCUUUUGUGGUCUGCGACGCCGGUGGCGGUACGAUAGACGUCAUCAGCUAUACUGUAGUAUCAGUGCACCCAUUCAAACUUGAAGAAUGUAUCCCUGGCAGAGGCAAACUGGAUGGGGCCUUCCUUAUCGAUCAAGCCUUUUUCUCAUACCUGCGCGGCAAGGCCAAACUGAGGAUAAAAUCGCUCAAGGAUUAUGACUACAACCAAUUCAUCUCAAGAGAAUGGGAGCUGGGCGCCAAGAGAAGUUUCAGCAGUGCCGACGAGCCUGAUUUUUACCAUCUACAUCCACCGAGUGAUGCCUAUGGAACCAUGGCUCGGCUACGGAAAAAGGAGACCCUUGCAAUUAGCAAACUGGACAUGACAGGGUUCUUUGCCAGAUCACUUACAGGUAUCAAGUAUCUAGUGGGUGACCAAUACAAGGAAGUCCAGCUGGAAACAGGAAAAGAACCCAAGAGAAUCCUUCUUGUAGGAGGUCUUGGGAGUUCUGAGUACAUUUAUAACGUGCUAAACGAGAGUUUUAACAACAAGAUCCUGCGACCUAGUGAGGGAUGGUCGGCCGUCGCCCGAGGGGCAGUUUUGAGGCUGCUCCAAGAAAACAUUGCCUCGCAAAGGGUUAGAUCACCACUGCACACAAAGCUUCUGAAUGUACUACCCGACGUUGUAUCCCGUCGCUCGAGAUAUAACUAUGGCAUCUUGAGUGAUAGACCUAUCGCAGGACUUGAUCUGGAUCCCCAAGACGUCGUGCACACAAAUCCAGAAGGUUGCCACCAGAUAUGCCGUACGAACCCAUCCUAUGCGGCGAAAGACAGUGAAACUAUCGUCAAGUAUCUGCUCGAGGCUGGUCCCGUCAUUGAAGAUAUUUAUCGGAAUGCGGGGUGGCUCCAAGAUCAAAGCCGCACCGAGGCCGGUCUGCCGAGAAGCUUCUACUCGAUGCGACCUCUCAACAGCAACGAGAUGACGGAUUUUGGGACUAUCAAGGAGUUAGCGUCUGCUGGGUUCGAAUCAGUAGAGGAAGUAAGGAACAAGGCUAUGAACGAGAAAUGGGAGGGGUUGAGGGUUAAUAUGUGGACCGAAGAUGGAACUGAUAGGGGGAUCUUGGUAAAGGUUCACUACUGGUGGCGCAUGGAGCCUCUGGGGUCAGAAAACGGUACAUGGAAGCAGAUGUUCCAUGAUAUCUUGUACCUGGGGCCGCGAAAUGGCACGGAAACAGAUGCAGGCGGCGAGGUCAUUGAGGAAAAGUGA